UUUUUUUCCCUGUACAGAUAAAGGGAUAUUUAUUAUCCAAAGUUCAGACUCCAACUUAUGCAUCAAAGUGGACACAGCUGGCCUGAUUCUGGAAGACUGCAGUCAGCUCUCCAAAAACAUGCUGUGGAAAUGGGUAUCCAAUCGUCGUCUUUUCAACAUAGGCAGAAGUACCUGUCUUGGACUGAACAUCAGUAGACCAGAACAGCCAUUGACUAUGCUUGAAUGUGAUUCAAAUCAGUACUCGUUAUGGUGGAAUUGUGAUGGCAGAGCACUGGUUGGUGUAUCAGAGUACAAAUUAGCUGUUGAAAAUAGCAAACGUAUUAUAGCCCAAAAAAAAUCUAAUUAUCAGUGGAUCCAGUACAUGUCCUAUGAUGAAGACCUUUGUGAACAUCCGUUCCAAGAAACAUAUACCUUGCUGGGAAAUUCCUUUGGUUUCCCAUGCGUUUUUCCAUUUAAGUAUAACAACAAAUGGUAUUAUGAAUGCACCAGAGAUGGAAAGGAAUUUGAGUGGUGUGCCACAACAAGUCACUAUGAACAAGAUGAAAAAUGGGGUUUUUGUCCUAGUGCUGCAGAGCAUGGCUGCGGCACAUUUUGGAAGGAGAACCCGGCCACGCACGCGUGCUACCAGUUCAACCCAUCAGCCGUGCUGUCAUGGCACGAGGCGCGGGCAGCCUGCCAGGCACAGGGAGGAGACCUGCUCAGCAUCACUAGCCCUGAAGAGCAGAGCUACGUCAGCGACUUGAGCCGACAGUUAAACAUCACAGAUAAUGUGCUGUGGACAGGCCUGAAUCGGCUAGAGGAAGGUGCUGGCUGGCAGUGGUCAGAUGGAGCACCACUGGUGUUUGUCAACUGGAGAGCAGAUGUUUCUGAGGACCGUUCUGGUGAAAAUCAUUGUGCAGUGAUGAGUUCAAAAUUGAAAUAUGGCUGGAAAAGUUACUUAUGUGAAUCUGGAUUUCCUUUUGUAUGCAAGAAAUAUUUAAAUAAGACAGAGCACAAAACACUGGAUACAUGGAAGUAUUAUGCCACUCGUUGUGAUGCUGGCUGGUACCCAUACAAUCGCAACUGCUACAGACUUCAUAAAGAGGGGAAGAGCUGGAAUGAUGCUUUGAUCUCAUGCCAAAGUGACAGCAGCGGGCUCAUUAGUAUAUCCUCCAUGGCAGAUGCAGAGCUGCUCCAUAACUUGCUUCAACGUGAAAACAUAACUGAAACAUGGAUUGGAUUAUAUAGUAGUAAUGUCUCAGUUGUUUUUGAGUGGUCAGAUGGCACCCCAGUGAAGUUCUCAUACUGGCACAGCCAAGAACCUAGUACCUUUCAAAGAAUAGGACAACUGUGUGUUUCAGCACAAGGACCUGAGGGACACUGGAAAGUUAAAAAAUGUGAAGACAAAUCUUUCUACAUUUGUAAAAAAGCAGGAGAAAUUAACAGUGUUUCCUCUGAUGCAGAAUCGAGUUGUCCAGAGGUAAGAGAUUUUGUGGGGCUUUUUGUUUGUUUGUUUCGGAACCUUACUGAUAAAUAAUAUUAUAUGGGAAUUCUUUAAAAGUAGAUGGAGAAUGUAUGGAUGUAAAUAGGUAGGGGUUUUUUUGUUUUUGUACUGAAGAUGUGCCUGUUUUCCUAGGAAAAUCUAAUUGCCUUGAAAAUAUGUAAAUAAAAAUUUAAGAUAAAAAGCUUUCCCAAGAUGCCUCUCAUGGCUCAUUGUGUUGUCAGCAGUUGUGACCCAUGUUCCCACUUUUUUCUAGAUCAAAAGUGAAAACCCUUUUGUACGCCAUCUGUGCAAAUAAUGGCUGUUAUAUGAUGCCUCAACCCACACAUGGUUUUCAUACAUUUAAAAGGAAUGUCAGGGUGAAAGACAAUCAGUUUCAUUGACAUGGAGAAUGAACUCUUCCACUUGUACAUAAGCAUUCCUUCUACUUUCAAACAGAAAUGAGAGGAGCCAACUAAACUAGGGCAUUACAAUAGGUUUUCAGACUUCUAGGCUUUGCAUUUUGCUGGUAAUGGAUAAGAUACUGAAGUUUGAUUUUUAUUUAUCCUGAUUCCUUUCCACUGCGUAUAAACAACAGUUUUGUGUUCUUAGCUUUUAUUAGAAAUUCUGGAGAAGUUUCAUUUUUUCUAUCAACAGAAAAACAUCCUAUUUGGCUUAUUUAUCCUUCUUUACCCUUUAGGUCCUUUUUCUCAGUUCAGUUGAAUUGUAAGAAGUUGGAAACUGACCUGUUUGAAGCUGGAUGCAGUUUUUCCCCAGAAAUAGUGCUCAGGUCCAACAUUACUGCUUUUAUCCAGGUUAAAAUUUCUGAGAAUUUAGGAUGAUUGGUUCAUUUGGAACAAUAUAUUUUAUUGCUUGAGAAUUCUAUGUGUAACAAGUGUGAAGAACAAUUUGUAGUCCUGACUACGUGAAAAAUGUGCAGAGCAUCAGGAUUUCCAGCUGUAGUUAGGAGCUAACAGCACUUGAACUUUUAGUAUCUCGCAGGAGUGAGACUUAAAAGCCAUUGGUCUUGAGUAGCUUGGUGUGCUCUGGCAGGCUUCCUAUUCAGGAUAAAUUUCUGCUUGUUGAUGUUCCGCACCCACUAAAAACAUAUGCUGAACCCUCUUAUUAGUCCCUUGAUUUCUAUAAAUUUCUUUCUAAUGAGGAAAAAAGUCACGUUCAUUUAAUCAAAAGAGGUCAGUUCUAACCUUACUGACAGUUGUUUUAUUUCAAUUUUUUUGUCUUGACUACUCUCUUUUAACAUUCCAUUUGUAUGUUGUUGUAAGUUAUUGGCCUAAUUUUCCAGAUCAGCUCCAGCUAUUUAUUUCAUGCAGUUAUCCAUUUUUUCUUUUUUCUUU